AUGACAUCUAUUGUGAAUACCGCCAGUGGCAGUAACAAUCCCUUUGAGCGAUUGCGUCCAUCUCCACGCAGUGAAGAAGAUGAUAUUCGUAAAGGUAUAUUUGGACAGGCAUUACGUUUAUUACAUACCGCCUCUGAUGAGGAUAAACUCCGUUGGCGUCGCGCCAUUGAAGAGGCUACGGCCCCAAAGCAACCAUCCUCAAAUUCUAAGAAGAAUAAGAAGAAGGAAAAAGAGAAAGAAGAAAAAAGUAAUGAUCCUCUACCAGAGAUGGAAGCCACCACAUUAGCCGUUAAACGACCACGUGAAGGAGAAGUAGAAGGAGAAGCAGCAGCAGCAGCAGCAGAAACGGAAAAGAAAGAGAAUAAUGAGAGUAAGGAUGAGAAUGAGAAUGAAAAGAAGGAAAAUGAAAAAGAGAAUGAAAAGAGUGAUGUGUCUACCAGCAGUAAUAGUUGUAGUGAACCAACUACAUCCAAGUCUGAUGUUCGUCAACCUUCUGAUCUGGAGUUUAUUGCCGCUUAUUUACGUACAUUACUUGAAAAGGUAGUAGGUUUAAGUCUUCAAGAACUAAACGUGGAUGCCCUGCGUGUGUUGUGUGUGAUGUUAGGUAUACCGCUCCCUGCCAGUAAAAGCAAAAUGAUACACUACAGUAUAUUGGCAAGUUUUUACUAUACACAUUGUGAGAAACUUGGGAAACGUGUUUCCAGUUCUCAUCAUCUGGAAGCACAACUCAAACGUGAUGAGGAGAUGGUUCGAAAGAUAUAUGCGAAUAAAUUACCUUCUAUUACUUCUACUACUACUACUACUACUACGACUACUACGACUUCUGGAAAAACAACUUCUACAAAGAAAUCGACAAGAAAUUCUUCCGGUAAAAAUGAUAUGUUGCGUGUUGUGGACGGUAAUGUUUCCUCCACCGUGGAAACCCCGAGAUCACAACAACAAAAGUCUCUUGCAACUCAACCACCACAAACACAAGCAAAAAAUACAACAGGAAAGAAACGAGAUACUUUGGCAGGAACAAAGGGUAUAGAACAACAACACCCUGUAGAGAUGCAAGAAGAAGAAGAAGAAGAAGAGGGAGAAGAAGAAUUAGAAAUACACCACAACAAUGCAGUGUUCACGCAACAGACAUCUCGUCAGACUGAUAAGAGUAACAAUUAUUACAAUAAUAAUAAUAACAAUAAUAAUAUGGAUGGAGAGUGGUCCAUGGUACAACUUGAGCAGAAAGUAGCAUCUAUAGUACAUUUAUACGACCCGGUGACCACUGCGGUAGUUGUGAAGAAGUUGGCACAAAUGGGUUAUCGCAAUGCGGACGCUGCAGAGAGAGUUGAAGAUAUACUUAACAGUUUCCAUCAACGCCAGUUUGUUUUUUACGAUAAUGGCAUUGCAUACCUUCUGUAG